AUGGAUUCGAAAGCUAUUCUCAAUACCUAUCGUUACUUCUGCAGCGUGUACCGGAGUCUUGUCAUGAGCCAGACUCAGAAGGGACCCCGCCGGGAAAGUCUUUCUGAAGGCUUCUCUCUUGGAGGAGCAGCCCGCCCCUUUAGUCAAAAUCUGGGCAAGGUCCCGAAGAGGCUAGAAGCCUAG